AUGAUAACCAAUGUGGCCAUAUUUAAAACGAGUUUAGGUGAUGGUUUAUCAUCAUUCGGGGCUGUAGCAUGGGCAGGGUUUAAUUUUGCUAAAACGGCUGUAAUUGGUGCUGGUCAUUUAUUUAGUGGCCGAUUUAAACGUGCCAUACAAAAUUAUGUGGUGUCGGAAUAUCAAAAAUUCAAUAUUAUUUGUUCAUUAAAACGGUUUAUGGUUGCAGAAGAAGAAUUCAGAAAGGCAUACGAUAAAUAUCUCACCGAGUAAGGAUAGAAGAUUGUAGUGUUAUUAGUUUUAAUGAGUUUACUCACAGUAUCAAUACGAGAAGGAGUUGAAAGGAAAUCCCAUGCAAAGUCCACUAACGAGGGAACCUUUCGAGGUGAUUAAACGCUUUUCGCUCGGAAUCUAGUGGAUUAUAGAUUAUCGCCCAUGCUGAUUACGAAUAUGACCAUGGAAGUUGCCCUUAGCCCGUUAAAGACCUGGUUUUCUAGAAAACCAGUUUUUCCGAAACUCUAAAAUAAAACUGGAACCUUUCUUAAUGAGGCAUGAUUGUAGCCCACAGAUUUCUGAUGAAAAUGAGACAUCUCCCAGCUUCACAUGACCUUUCUUUGCAAAGUUAUAGAACCUACAAGAAAAGCCCUACAUUAAUUUCUUUUUAUUUCUGUAGCCUUUAGCUGAUAACGAACAUUCAGGGCUUUUCUUGCAAAUUCUAUAACUGUGCAAAGAAAGGUCGUAUAAAGCUGGGAGGAGUCUCGUUUCAAUCAGAAAUGUGCGGACUACAAUCAUGCUUCAUUAAGAAAGGUUCCAGUUUAUUUUCCAGUUUUAUUUUAGAGUUUCUGAAAAACUAUUUUUCGAGAAAACCAGGGCUUCGAAGGGCUAGGGCAAUUCCCAUGGUCAUAGUCGUAAUCGGCAUGGUCGAUAACCUAUAACCCACUAGAUUCCGAGCAAAAAGCGUUUAAUCACCUCGAAAGGUUCCCUCGUAAGUAGUUCUAUAAAAGCUAUCCAUGUUCAACUUCUCUGAAACUAUCUGAGAUCUAAAAUACCACUUCUGAAACUAACCUUGCGUUGUUAGACGAUAAUAAAGGAUUUUUAUAAUCGACUAUAAUAAAUAUCCUCGUGAGUAUUUUUUGAAUACUUAUUUUCUUCUGUACAGCUCAUGACCAAUUUAUUUUUUAAAAACUUAUCGGUUCAGUUUUCUACGAUGAUCUAUCAAUAGAAUUCUUAUAAAGUGCCAUAGUAAAAGAUCUUACUGGUAGUACUAUAAUCAACUUGCAAACGAAAAUAAGAAUUCUUAAGAGUUUUACUCUUUAGGUCAGAUGGUGUGAAAGGUAUUAAUUGAUGAUUUUGUACCUCUGGAAAAAGUGCGAUCUUUUAGCUCUAAUCAAUAUUUUUUAUUACCAAUUUCACUUUAAGAAAAGCGAUUUAUUCUAUGUACCUACGGCUCAGAGGUUGACAAGUCCAAGUCCGGACCUGAAGGUUUUUGUAACGGACUUGGGCUUGGAGUUCUUUUAUCAGGUCGGUUUGAAGCUCAAUGGGUUGAAAUCUUUUACAUUCAACAACUAAAUGAGUAUAAUCUAAUACCCAAUUUAUUAAUCUUUUUUUCACAAAGAUGCAUCAAUUUAUGGAUAAAAUUUAUUUACCCCUCAUAUAUGAUUAUGACGUACUGUACAGUGCAGUGCUAUGAAGAACUUCGACUCGAACUUGAACUUCAAUUGGACUUGACUUAGAUUUGAAAAUGGUUGGACUUUUCCACCUCUACUUUGUCGAAAAUUUUAUUAUUUUAAGCCAUAGUUUGUUUAUGAAGACAUUUCUGAGGUGUUUUUUGAAAAAUGCCAGAUUUAAGUCACUCAUAAAGAUCGUUAUCGUAUAAGUAUUCGAACAGCUUGUAACGGACAGAGUUAGUCUGAGAUUUGAGUCAUCAACUAAAAAUCAUUCUCUCCCGCACGCGUUUCUUGGCUCAUCAGGUAUGUUCAAUAUACGUUUGUUGAUAAAACCUGAUUAAAAGGAAAACUAUAUCGAUAAAGCAAAUUGUCCAGAUUUUCAUACACAUGUUUUAUCACAUACUGAUCUUUUAAAAGAAGUUCAUUAUAGCAGAAAAUAUUCGCAUGUGCAUAAAACGUAUAUUUGCUAAUAAUUCGCUUAGUUACUAAUACACAGUUUUCCGUACUUUUGUUUGUAUUAUUAAAAUGAACAGUCUCGACUGUUCUUCCACAUAGAAAAGUGAAACAAAUCAUUAGUCGUUUGAAAAUAUGUGAUUUUACUACCCAAGCGUCAAAAAAAAUCUAGUAUCGCCCGAUUCAUCUAGAUUACUAGAUUUUUACUCGGUUGCAACUACUGUGUAACGACAGUGGAAAUCUAGUAACUGGGCGACUGCUAGAUUUUUUCUAGUUGCAACUAUCGAUUUAUCGCCCGAUAAUCGAUCGAUGUAACUACUGCUAGUUGCACGUGCAGACGCAUCUAGUUAAAAGUCCCUUUUCCAACUAGUAAUCUAGAUGGCAACUAGUCGUG